AUGGUGUGUACAUUUCACCCCAAGUGUUUGCUCUUCAGCUUUCUCCCUUCAAGCUCAACCAAGGAUCCAAAGAAAAGGUUUGGUUGCUUCUUGAAAGACAGUGUGACUGGAGACCUGCCAAGAAUGCAUCGAACAAAUGCAGUAUCUGGAUAUUCCUUAAAACAAUGCGGAUAUCAAAUAAGUGCUUGCCACCGGGACAUUUAUGAAAACAUUGACAUGAGAGGGUCCAAUUUCAAUAUAUCUAAAGUUACAAGUCCUGAAGAAUGCCAAAAAUUGUGCACCAAUAAUAUUCACUGCCAUUUUUUUACAUAUGCCACACAAACAUUUCCCAAUGCAGAGUAUCGGAACAACUGCCUGUUAAAACACAGUCCAAGUGGUACGCCCAUGAGUAUAAAGGUGCUGGACAGUGUGGUAUCUGGAUUCUCCCUGAAGCCUUGCGCACUUUCAGAAAUCGGUUGCCAUAUGGAUCUGUUCCAGCAUCGAGCCUUUUCAGAUAUGGAUGUGGCCAGAGUGGUCUCUCCAGAUGCUUUUGUGUGUCGAACUAUCUGCACUUACCACCCCAACUGCCUCUUCUUUACAUUCUAUACGAACGCGUGGAGCGUAGAGUCACAAAGAAAUGCAUGUUAUCUUAAGACUUCUAAAAGUGGUACCCCAAGUCCCUCUAUUCAAGAAAACACUAUAUCUGGACACAGCCUGGCCACUUGCAGGAAGACAUUGCCCGAACCCUGCCAUUCCAAAAUCUACUCUGGGGUCGACUUCAGAGGAGAUGAGCUGAAUGUGACUUUUGAGGAAGAAGCUACUGCUUGCCAGGACACUUGCACAAAGAUAAUUCGCUGUCAGUUUUUUACUUUCUCAUCCCUCCCGGAAGACUGCAAAGGAGAGAAGUGUAAAUGUUCCCUAAGGUUCUCACUGGAUGGCAACCCAGCUAGGAUCACAUCUGGGGCCCACUGGAGCUCUGGCUAUUCUCUGAGACUGUGCAAAACGGGGGACGGCUCUGUCUGCACGACAAAAACAAAUGCACGCAUUGUUGGGGGAACGAACUCUUCUUUGGGAGAGUGGCCCUGGCAGGUGAGCCUGCAAGUCAAGCUGACAUCGCGAAACCACGUGUGUGGUGGGUCCAUCAUCGGAGAGCAAUGGGUCCUGACUGCUGCCCAUUGCUUUGAUUUGAUGCCCCACAUGGAUGUUUGGCACAUUUACGGUGGUCUUAUAAACCUGUCCGAAAUUACAAAAGAAACUCCUUUCUCACAAAUAAAAGAACUUAUUAUUCACGAGAACUAUAAAGUCUCAGAAGGAGGGCAUGACAUUGCCUUAAUAAAACUGCAGGCUCCUUUGAAUAAUACUGAAUUCCAAAAGCCAAUAUGUUUGCCUUCUAAAGCGGAUAUAAAUACAAUUUAUACCAACUGCUGGGUGACAGGAUGGGGCUACACUAAGGAAAAAGGGUGA